GUCCCUCUCAAAGGCCUCGAGUGAAUUGAAUUCUCAGUGACCGUUGAGAAACGGCGAUGCGAAACGUUGGCGCCAAAUUACCAACUUUCAAAAUUUUGCUAUUGUCAUUCCAAUUCUCCCUCUCUGUUCAACGCAUUGGCUGUUCUUUGAUUUCGUCGAGCUCUUAUAUUUGUUUGUUUGGAACCAAAAGGUUCUCUGUUUCGACCACUCCCUCUUACAAUUAUUGGCUUUCUCUUCAUCUAAGAAACGGAAGAAUCAAUGAAGCCCGAUCAUUAUUUGAUCACAUAUCUUCUCCUGGUGUUAACUUAUACACCAUGAUGAUUGCGGGUUAUGCAGAAAAAGGUAGGCUUGAGGAUGCCCUGAAACUGUUCUAUGAAAUGCCUGUGAAGGAUCUGGUUUCUUGGAAUUCUAUGCUCAAAGGGUGUCUCAAAUGUGGGGAUUUAAGUAUGGCCUGGAACGUGUUUGACAAAAUGCCGCAAAGGAAUGUCAUUUCUUGGACGACCAUAAUCGAUGGGCUGCUGGAGUUUGGGAGAGUUGAGGUUGCUGAGCGCUUUUUCUGGGAGAUGCCCACUAGGGAUGUUGCUGCCUGGAAUUCCAUGGUUCAUGGAUAUUUUAGUAAUGGUAGAGUUGAAGAUGCCGUUGAGUUGUUUGAGAAAAUGCCUUUCCGGAAUGUGAUUUCGUGGACUUCUGUGAUUGGUGGGCUUGACCAGAAUGGAAGGAGUUACGAAGCUCUACUUGUUUUCCAGAAAAUGUUGGCUUCCUUUAUCAAACCCACUUCGAGCACGUUGGCCUGUGCAUUGACAGCUUGUGCAAACAUACGUACUUUCUUCAUAGGUGUACAGAUUCAUGGUCUAAUUGUUAAGACUGGUCACUGCUUUGAUGAAUACAUAGCUGCUUCCCUUAUAACAUUUUAUGCAAACUGCAAGCUAAUACAGAAUGCUUUCGACAUUUUUAACGACGAUUUACGGAGAAAUGUUGCGGUUUGGACGGCUCUUCUAACGGGAUAUGGAUUGAACUGUAAGCACGACGAUGCGUUACGGGUUUUCAAGGGUAUGAUGAGAAUGUGUGUGCUUCCUAAUCAAUCUUCUCUGACUAGUGCUCUAAAUUCAUGUUGUGGAUUAGAGGCUGUUGAUAGAGGCAGGGAAGUUCAUAGUGUAGCUUACAAGCUAGGCUUGGAAAAUGAUAUCUUUGUCGGUAAUUCUCUCGUGGUUAUGUAUACUAAAUGUGGACAAAUUCGUGAUGGGGUUGUUGUCUUCACAGGAAUGUCUAGAAAGAAUGUUGUGUCCUGGAACUCCAUCAUUGUUGGAUGUGCACAACAUGGUUUUGGGAUGUGGGCUUUGACUCUCUUCGCUCAAAUGAUUCGUUCAAGGGUGGAUCCAGACGAGAUUACGCUCAUAGGAUUACUUUCAGCUUGCAGCCAUUCUGGAUUGUUAACAAAAGGCCGAUAUGGCGAAUUGGACGAAGCCGAAGCGCUGAUUCAUACCAUGCCUAUCAAAGCUAACUACACGGUGUGGCUUGCACUGCUCAGCAGUUGCUCCAAACACUCUAAUGUGGAUGUAGCUGAAAGGGCAGCAAAAUGUGUGUUGGAACUACAACCAAGCUGUAGUGCUGCUUAUACAUUACUCUCCAAUCUAUACGCUUCUAAUGGAAAAUGGACUGAAGUUUCCAAAAUAAGGAAGAAGAUGAAAGAUGAAGGGAUUUUAAAGCAACCUGGAAGUAGCUGGAUUACAGUUAAGGGGAUCAGGCAUGAUUUUCUUUCGGGCGAUCGGUCGCAUCCAUCGAGCCGAAAAAUAUACCAAAAACUAGAAUGGCUAAGAGGGAAGUUGAAGGAAUUGGGUUAUGUACCUGAUCCGAAGUUCUCCUUGCAUGAUGUUGAGUCAGAACAAAAGGAAGAGAUGCUGUCAAGUCAUAGUGAGAGGCUUGCUAUUGGGUUUGGAUUAAUCAGUACAGUUGAGGGUAGCACCAUAACAGUAAUGAAAAACCUCCGCAUUUGUGGCGAUUGUCACAAUGCCAUCAAGCUUAUAGCGAAAGUCGUCGGUCGGGAAAUCGUCGUUAGAGACUCUAGCCGCUUUCAUCACUUUCGUAGCGGAGCCUGUUCUUGUGGAGAUUACUGGUAGUAGCUGUGGUGGUUCAAAAUGUGUUCAAAUAAUGGAUUGAACUCCAUGAUACACCAAAAAUCAUG